CUGAGAGGCAAGGCAAGAAAGAGCUACUUCUAGUUCUAUAUAACCAGAAAAGCACUUUACUCUGCUCACACACACACCCCACCUACCAAAACCAAACACCAAAACAAGAAACAGAAAAAACCCAAUAUCACAAGCAUUUUCACAAAUGGGUGGUGGGCGCAGCGCGAUGCCGUUGAUGAUGGUGGCUCUGGUCUUCACGAUCGGUGCUAUCUUCUUCAGCACGGCACAGGCACAAUCUAGCAUCCCCUCUUGCGCUCAGAAUCUGAUUCCGUGCGCUGAUCACCUCACGUCCACGAACCCACCUGCUUCCUGCUGCGACCCAAUCAAGAAAACAGUUGAAACUCAGCUCACAUGUCUCUGCAACCUUUUCUAUUCCCCUGGCUUGCUUCAAUCUUUCAAUAUCAGUACCGAUCAGGCUCUUCAGCUCAGUCGCCGUUGUGGUGUCACCAGUGAUCUCAGUAGCUGUAAAUCUGGGUCAGCACCAUCACCUGCUUCCGUGCCCCCACCAGCAACACCAGGAAGUGACAAGGGAAGUAGUGCUGGCAGAGUCUCAUUCGCCGGGGUUUCUACCCUUCUUUUACUUUGGUCAUCUAUGCUGUUUAAUUAGGAAGGUGCUAGUUUCCUUCUGCGGAAGCUUCUCGUAUAUUGGAGUUAUCUAUGUAUUCUCAUGCAUUGACUAUUUAGCUAUUUGAUUGUAUUUGCUUUUCAUUUUCUAUAUUUAUUUAGAAAAUUAUGAUUCAAUUUAGUCAAAAGUUUAUUGUGUGAAA